GGGUGGGGAGGAUCUUUCCGAGGCUUAAAAAUUGCAGCCUCGGCUUGCAAUUAAAAAGCAAAAAACCUUGCAAAUUUUUUUAUUUUUUAUUUUUUUUUUCGGCACCAAAAUCUGUUUGGCGAGAAAAAGCGGAAGCAAAACUCUCUCCAUGUUUUCCAAGUCGUGACCAUGAAGUGAGAGGGGAAACGCCGUGCUACUGUGGGUGUCCCGCCACAGCCUCUGUAGAGAGAGGCCCGUAGAGAAGCCGGAAGCGUUGGCCAUGCACAGCCUCGGCUAACUGUGCUCGCUGUGGGGCUCAGCAGCAGCAGAGAGAGAAGGAUCCCCGGGGGAUCAGCAGCCCAGGGAGCCUGUGAGGUGUUAGGGAAUGUAGGGCUCUCGCGUUGGUAAGGAGUCUGGGUUUGUGGCGUCGGUUUUGGGGUUUAGUCUUUAGGUGAGAUAAUACUGGCCCUUAACCCCUGCCAGCUUCUCGUCUGUGGCCAUCAUGAUCCCUCUUCCCUUUGGCAGCAGUAGCCUCAGGGCAGCGAUGUGCCCGAUGAUGAGCAGAAUGGUGUUAGAAGUGACUCCGCUGUUCUUUCUCUUUGCUUCCCUGCAAACCAGCGCUGUGUUGUCUGUAGUUAAUUUUGUUGUUGGCAGAGAAAUGUCAUACUUCCCAGGAUGUGCACUCCUCCUUUGCACCCUUUUCUCUGCUCUCCACCAAGUGUAAUUGUUUUAAAGGAGAAAAAAAAAAAAAAAAAGACGGGCAACAUAGCAAUAGUGGAAAUCUGAGAAUAAUAAUCAGUAGAGUCAUGAAUCCGGCUGGGGUAAAACGCAAUUUAUAAUAUCAGCUUCGUUUUUUUUUUGUAAGCAGAACAGAAAUUACCCCCCCCAUGGAUUGGGCUUGUGCCAGUUGCUUUUUAUUGUACACAUAAAUUGUGAUAAGAUUUUUUUUUCUCCAUUCUCACCCAUUUAUUCCUGCAGCUAAACUGUUCAAAUUUGUUUUCUUUAUUUUUUUUUUCUUGGUUUAUUGUCAAACCUGUUUGUUGUCCAGCCAUGGCUGGACAACUACUUUUGUUUCUUGACCCCUCCGAUACGACUUUCUCAUAAAAUACUGCCUGAGGUGCGGUUUUGGGUUGCACUCGCGUUUUAUCUAUUCAGUCGUAUUAGCAGGAAUAAAAUGACUUGUUUCUGUUGUACUUGAGUCUUAUGAAAAAGUGCCCAUAGUUUAGCGACAGUUUCCAAAGGCUUUAGUACCACCUGUAUAACAAAAUGGGGGACCCAAACUCCCGGAAGAAACAAGCUCUGAACAGACUUCGUGCUCAGCUUAGAAAGAAAAAAGAAUCUUUAGCUGACCAGUUUGACUUCAAGAUGUACAUUGCCUUUGUGUUCAAGGACAAGAAGAAGAAGUCAGCGCUUUUUGAAGUGUCUGAAGUGAUACCAGUCAUGACCAAUAAUUAUGAAGAAAAUAUCCUGAGAGGUGUGCGGGAUUCCAGCUAUUCUUUGGAAAGUUCCUUAGAGCUUCUGCAGAAGGAUGUAGUACAGCUUCAUGCACCCCGCUACCAGUCUAUGCGCAGGGAUGUGAUUGGCUGUACCCAGGAGAUGGACUUCAUUCUUUGGCCUCGUAAUGACAUUGAGAAGAUAGUCUGUCUCCUGUUCUCUCGGUGGAAGGGAUCUGAUGAAGCCUUUAGGCCUGUUCAGGCCAAGUUUGAGUUUCAUCAUGGUGACUAUGAAAAACAGUUUCUGCAUGUUCUGAGCCGAAAGGACAAGACUGGAAUUGUUGUCAACAACCCUAACCAGUCAGUGUUUCUCUUCAUUGACAGACAGCACUUGCAGACUCCAAAAAACAAAGCUACAAUCUUCAAGUUAUGCAGCAUCUGCCUGUACCUGCCACAGGAGCAGCUCACUCACUGGACGGUUGGUACCAUAGAGGAUCACCUCCGUCCUUACAUGCCAGAGUAAGGUACUGGCCAGCAAAAUGGGGAAGAUCACAGAAUGCAGCAGUGAAUUUCCACUUUCCUCACCACUUUAUUCUUUCAGAAUUUAGAAGAAAAUGGACUCAUGUUCAGAACACUAUACAUUGUGAAACUUGAUCAUCCUGGAUUUUUUUUGUCAUUUGUAUCUCAGAACUUAAAAAAAAUUUAGUUGUUUUCUGCAUGGACCUUGUGAAAGAGAGGAUGCUCUGCACACUUCUGCACUGCAUCAGCAUCUUACUAAAAUGUGAAAUGAAGGGACUGUACACUGAAACAAAUGUAUCUGAAAGCACAAGGUGAUCAUUUGUGGUGGUGUUCCCAUUUGUGCUGGUCAUGCCCCCUAACAACUAUGUUAACCAUCAGUAUUUGGAGGGUGAGAAGUGAAUGUAACGGGUUUAAAAGCCUUAUAGCUUUGCUGUUAAUGAUUGUAUCAAAGAGCACUAUCAGAUUCAUUUUAAUGAACAGAGAAGUGGCUAUUACAAUAGGAAGUAAAUGUGGGAAAGAAGUCUUUUUUUUUUUUAAGCAAAAAAAAAGCAUCUCAUUUAAUGUGUAGGCAUUUUUUUUGCCUUUUUUAUUUUGCUGGGCCAUGUCUGAGUUUACUGGCACUUUGGUUUUGGAUCUCUUUCCCCAAGUUGCUGUAUAACUGUAUGAAAGUAUUCUUUUGAGUUGGAUGCAUUUAUACAGAUGAGGCAGACCUGGAGUCUGAAGUCGCUAAAGCAGCUAAAAACAGUAAAAUAGUAGCUGCAGAAACAAUGUUGGUAGAGGAUUAUUUUUUCUUGAGAGUUGAGACUUGUAGACUUGCUGGUGAACUGUGCAGGAAAUACUGGUUUCUAAAACAUUUCUUAUGGAAAACCUGUUGAGGUUUUUUUUUUUUCUUUUGGAAUAGACAUUAUAAAACAAUGUAAAAUAGUGUUUGGAGUGUCAAAAGUUGGUUCUGACAGAACAUUUUAAGAUUGUGCAAUGAUAAAAGGAAGACUACUGUAUAGUUUUGUUGACAAAGAAGGUUCUGCUUAAGGGUUGAGUACUUUACUGGAGUAAAACUGUAUAAGCCUGCUCCCUUUGGAUAAAACUAGUGCUUACCUGUUUAAAACUUGUAUUUAGCUUUUGUUUGGAAUUGGAAAAAAAUGGAACUUAAAUAAAUUAGGUGAAAGAUG